GGCGCGGGCGGCAGCCGGGAUCCCGCUGUCGCUGCCGAGCGCAGCCUUUGUUCCGUGGGCAAAGUGGAGCUUGGGUCCAGCGGCUGCACCAUGACACACAGGAGGACCGCGCAGGGCUGGCGCUCGAGGUGGCUGCUCUCCAUCAUCUCAGCGCUGCUUUCCUCCAUCCUGCAGACGCGCGCAGCGACAGGGUCAGCCUCUCAGGACCACCUGGACCUCACAGAGCUCAUCGGGGUCCCGUUACCCUCGUCUGUGUCCUUUGUCACGGGCUAUGGCGGUUUCCCGGCUUACAGCUUUGGGCCUGGUGCCAACGUUGGCCGCCCCGCCAGGACCCUGGUCCCGUCCACCUUCUUCAGGGAUUUCGCCAUUGCUGCGGCUGUGAAGCCCAAUAGUGCCCAAGGCGGCGUGCUCUUUGCUAUCACCGAUGCUUUCCAGAAGGUUAUCUACCUGGGCCUGCGGCUUUCCGGCGUGGAGGACGGCCGCCAGCGGGUUAUCCUCUACUACACGGAACCGGGCUCCCACGUGUCCCGUGAAGCUGCGGCUUUCUCCGUGCCGGUGAUGACCAACAGGUGGAAUCGUUUUGCUGUGACCGUCCAGGGUGAGGAAGUGGCCCUUCUCAUGGACUGUGAGGAGCACAGCCAAGUCCUUUUCCAGCGAUCUUCCUGGCCGUUGACUUUUGAGCCUAGUGCCGGGAUCUUUGUGGGCAAUGCAGGAGCCACGGGCCUGGAGAGAUUUACGGGCUCCAUACAACAGCUUACCAUCUAUUCAGACCCCAGGACCCCUGAGGAGCUGUGUGAAGCACAAGAGUCCUCGGCAUCUGGAGAAGCCAGUGGGCUUCAGGAGAUGGACGAAGUUGCUGAAAUCAUGGAAGCUGUGACCUACACACAAGCCCCGCCUAAAGAAGCACACGUUGAUCCCAUAAGCAUGCCCCCUACUUCAUCCUCUCCUGCUGAGGACACGGAGUUUUCUGGUGAGCCAGUGCCAGAAGGGACCCCAGAAACUAAUGUGAGCAUCGUUGGACACAGCAGCCCUGAACAAGGGUCUGGUGAGAUCCUGAAUGAUACACUGGAGGUCCAUGCUACAGUUGGGAACCCUAGUACUGAUGAUGGUUCAGGGGAUGGGGCCUCGUUGACCGUCACUGACGGCCAGGGGUUGUCAGCUACAGCACCUGAGGAGGCCAGGGUGUCUGUCACCACUGUCCCAGAAGCAGAGAAUAGCAGUAUGCCCACUGGGAGCCCCACCCUGGCCAUGUUUACCCAGAGCAUCAGGGAAGUGGACACUCCGGAUCCAGAAAACCUAACAGUAACAGUGUCAGGGGAUGGUGAGGUGCCCACCAGCACUGAUGGGGAUGCAGUGGCUGGCAGCUUGCCCACUGAAGGGCCAACCCUGAAGCCAAGAGAAGAGGCUACUCUGGGUUCACACGGUGAAGAAUGGUUAACCCCAGUCGUGUCCAAAGUGCCCUUCCAUACUUUUGAGGAGGAGGAAGCCAGCGGGACUGUCAUCGACAUCCUGGAUGUAUUCACACCCACUGUGGUCCUAGAGCAAGCCAGUGGGGGACCUACAGACACCCAGGCCACUCUUACACCUACAGUUGUCCUUGAACAAGCCAGCGGGGAAUCUACAGACACCCAGGCCACUCUCACACCCACAGUGGUCCUUGAACAAGCCAGCGGGGAAUCUACAGACACCCAGGCCACUCUCACACCCACAGUGGUCCUUGAACAAGCCAGCGGGGAAUCUACAGACACCCAGGCCACUCUCACACCCACAGUGGUCCUUGAACAAGCCAGCGGGGAAUCUACAGACACCCAGGCCACUCUCACACCCACAGUGGCCCCCGAGCACAUGUUUACUGCUGUACCUACGGAUGGAGAAGGCUUGGUGACUUCUACAGAGGAAGCUGAAGAGGAGGGAUCUGGUAGCACACCCCCCAGUGGGCCCCCACUCCCCACACCCACAGUGACUCCUGAGAGGCAGGUCACUCUGGUAAGAGUGGAGGCCGAGGGCUCAGGCCCUGUUGGGGGCUUGGAUGAGGGCUCAGGCUCUGAAGACAUCAUGGGCAAUGAGGAUCUGUUGAGAGGUCCUCCAGGUCCCCCAGGCCCACCAGGAUCACCUGGGAUUCCAGGGAAACCAGGGACUGAUGUUUUCAUGGGACCCCCUGGGUCCCCUGGAGAGGAUGGAGCUCCUGGUGAGCCAGGCCCACAGGGCCCCGAGGGACAGCCUGGACCUGAUGGAGCCUCUGGCCAGCCUGGAAUGAAAGGAGAGAAGGGAGCAAGAGGCCCUAACGGUUCGGCUGGCGAGAAGGGCAACCGAGGCUUACCAGGCCCCCCAGGGAAGAAUGGAGAAGUUGGCACUCCCGGGGUCAUGGGACCACCAGGGCCUCCUGGACCGCCUGGGCCUCCAGGCCCUGGAUGUACAACAGAACUUGGAUUUGAGAUCGAAGGCUCUGGGGACAUGCAACUGCUGAGCAAACCAGGAAUCUCCGGACCCUCCUCUCCCAGUGGUCCCAAAGGAGAAAAAGGAGAACAAGGAGCCAAGGGUGAACGGGGAGCAGAUGGAAUCAGCACUAUGGGGCCACCAGGGCCCAGGGGGCCUCCUGGGCGUGUCGAGGUCCUGUCUAGUUCUUUGAUCAACAUCACCAACGGAGCCAUGAAUUUCUCAGACAUUCCUGAGCUCAUGGGGCCUCCGGGGCCAGAUGGCGUGCCAGGGCUGCCCGGAUUUCCAGGCCCCAGAGGACCAAAAGGUGACACCGGUGUGCCCGGAUUCCCAGGGCUAAAAGGAGAACAGGGCGAGAAGGGAGAGCCUGGCGCCAUCUUGACUGGGGACAUCCCUCUGGAAAUGGUGAAGGGGAGAAAGGGUGAACCUGGAGUUCAUGGAGCACCUGGACCCAUGGGACCCAAAGGACCACCAGGACACAAAGGAGAAUUUGGCCUCCCAGGACGACCUGGUCGCCCAGGACUGAAUGGUCUCAAGGGUGCCAAAGGAGAUCGCGGGGUCACGCUGCCUGGUCCACCUGGCCUACCUGGGCCCCCAGGACCCCCAGGACCCCCUGGAGCUGUGGUUAAUAUCAAAGGCGCUGUUUUUCCAAUACCUGCCCGGCCACACUGCAAAACACCAGUUGGUACCACUCACCCUGGCGACCCAGAGCUUGUCACUUUCCACGGUGUUAAAGGAGAGAAAGGGUCCUGGGGUCUUCCUGGCUCAAAAGGAGAAAAGGGGGACCAAGGAGCUCAAGGACCACCAGGCCCUCCAGUGGACCCAGCUUACCUGAGACAUUUUCUCAACAGCUUGAAGGGGGAGAAUGACGAUGCUGCAUUCAGAGGAGAGUCCAGCAACAACCUCUUUGUAUCAGGGCCUCCAGGCCUACCAGGAUACCCAGGCCUGGUUGGACAGAAAGGAGAGGCUGUCGUGGGGCCUCAGGGACCCCCAGGAAUUCCUGGCCUGCCUGGGCCACCUGGCUUUGGGAGACCCGGUGUUCCUGGACCACCAGGACCCCCUGGGCCACCAGGACCUCCUGCCAUUCUAGGUGCAGCUGUGGCCCUUCCUGGCCCACCUGGCCCUCCAGGACAGCCAGGACUCCCCGGAUCCAGAAACUUGGUCACAGCGCUCAGCGACAUGGGCGACAUGCUACAGAAAGCUCACUUGGUUAUAGAAGGGACCUUCAUCUACCUGAGAGAAAGUGGGGAGUUUUUCAUCCGUGUUCGAGAUGGUUGGAAAAAGUUACAGUUGGGAGAACUGAUCCCCAUUCCUGCUGACAGCCCACCACCACCAGCACUUUCCAGCAAUCCGUACCAGCCACAGCCUCCACUGAACCCCAUUUUAAGUGCCAACUAUGAGAGGCCUGUUCUGCACCUGGUUGCUCUGAACACACCGGUGGCUGGGGACAUCCGAGCUGAUUUCCAGUGCUUCCAGCAGGCCCGGGCUGCAGGACUACUGUCCACCUUCCGAGCGUUUCUGUCAUCACACUUGCAGGAUCUCUCCACAGUUGUGCGGAAGGCUGAGAGAUUCGGCCUUCCAAUUGUGAACCUCAAGGGCCAAGUGCUUUUUAACAAUUGGGACUCAAUAUUUUCUGGUGAUGGAGGUCAAUUCAAGACACACGUUCCGAUAUACUCCUUUGAUGGUCGAGAUGUGAUGACUGAUCCUUCCUGGCCCCAGAAGGUUGUCUGGCACGGCUCCAACCCCCAUGGUGUCCGUCUUGUGGACAAGUACUGUGAAGCCUGGAGAACCACAGACAUGGCAGUAACAGGAUUUGCCUCCCCACUGAGCACAGGGAAGAUUCUGGACCAGAAAGCUUACAGUUGUGCUAAUAGGCUAAUUGUUCUGUGCAUCGAAAACAGUUUCAUGACAGACACUAGGAAGUGAUAACCUUCCCAUGAUUCUUAAAGAGGGUUCUAAUAUUUCUUAUGUGAAGAGUUGACACUGAAGUCUAAAAUGUUGUAAAUAUUACAAGUUUGUUGUUUUUUUAUAUUACACAUCUGUCAAAAGAGAAACCAAAGAAAACAUACCUCAAUAUACUCAAAAGGAAAGACAGAAGGGACUCCGAUCCAAGUCAAAUCCAAUCCACAUAUUGGUGCUAGAUUCUGCAGGAAGCCUCUCGCAGUGUGAACACGUCCCUGACAUAGAGUAGCUCAGUGCAUUCUUCAGAAAGUAAUUUCUUCCUUCCAACCAUGGCCGUAGAGUGUAAGAUGUCCUUUGAGUUUGCUUACAACAUCAACUUUUAGACACACAGCCCCUUCCUAACUGAUGUGUGAACCAAGUGCUUGGUGGUUGCAUGCACGUCCAUACAGCCAGAGAAAUGGAGCUGCUCACUCCUCCUCCAGCGUCAGGCUUUAAUAAGGACCCCACCAAAAUGUUACUGCCACCAUGCUGUAGACUUCUGUGUGCUUACCCACUCACAGUUGAGUACGGCAUCUGUUGAUGUAAUUCCGACUUGCUGGGAAGUUAAAAUUCUAGGAAAGAAACAGCACAGAAUCAUUCCCUUCGCUACUGCCCCUUCCCAUUCCCCGCCCCCAUCUUAAGAUUUCCAUUUGGCAAGUCCUGAAUUGACUGAAUAGACUGCAGCUGAAACAGAUUCGUUGAGAUGAAUUUAAUGAAGAAAAAAAAUCUGUAUCAUUGUGCUAUAGACUUUGAUAUCUUGUUCCGUGUAAGAACAUAAAGACAUCUUUUCCAGGUG